GUUGCUGUCCUUCCCAGUCGGUUCCUCGCUUUCUCCCUCAUUGCACUCAAGGUUCUUGGUCUGAAAAAAAUAAAAAUUCUCGCGCCGAAUGGUCAACCAGCCUAGUUCAGCUCGUCGCCACCUGCUCCCUCCUCCUUUGAUGGCGAAGCCAGGUUACUGAGGCAAUACAGCUCCCUCUAGCAAACCUAGGGCCGUGUAGUGCCCGUCCACCUUUCUGAUGAUGUCUGCCUCCGCGCACAAAAAUGAGAUGGGCAUCACUGCCAACGCCGACGGCCAGAAAGGCCCGCGCAUCUACAUUUUCCCGCCUGACCCCAUCAGUGCCGACCCAACUCCACCACCACACGCACGCCUCGCGGCGGAGAUUGCGUACUGUUAAUUCCGCCGCCGAUCAUCUCCGCACGAAGAGACUUUCGUCAAACGACUGCUGUUUUGGCACCUGAACACACAUGUGGCUUCCAAGAACAGAGAGCCACAUCACGGCACAUGCACGUCGUGUCAGUUGGAGUAGGUGAGGGGCAGGCGACGAAUUAGUUCCCUGCCGGAACACACACUUCGACACUGCUGGACGUUUUGUCAAAUUCGACGAGCUCGACAAGCAAGCCUUGCCCCCUGCAACUCAACGGAAAAAGGCUCCGGGUGUGACCAGUUUUGGGCUCCGCUCAGAUUGGACCCUCUCGCGUGUGUGUAGGUUGCGCCACCAGCGUUGUGUGCAUCUGGCGUGCUUAUCGGACAGCGGCAUGGAGGAACCCCUGGCAUCGAGCGAUCGCCUCAGAAGCAGUGAAAGAGGGGCGGAAGGUGUGGCCUGGCAACCUGCGGAAGAGAGUAGAGGUUGGAGAUGGUUUCCUUUCUGCCGCGGCGGGAGGACGACCGUUUCUCCCACACAGGAUUCGCUGGCCUCUAGAUAUGGGCUUCUCGAUGUGGCGGAGAUUCGGAGUAAGGACUUGAUGACGGUGGUUGUCAACGGGAUAAUAAUGACCCUGCUGUACCUGCUUCUUGGGGCAUUGUGGCUGAUGAUCUCCGACUCUUGGAGCUUCACCGACACUGUGUAUUUCAUGAGCACUUCUAUGCUAACGAUCGGAUACGGAGAUGUCGUAGUCAAUGAGCGGGGUACGGAUCGGUUGUUAGAUUCCGUGCUCAUCGCUCUGGGCCUGUUUUCGAUCACCAUUUGGGCCGCCUGUGCCAGCCAAUGGUUGAGCUCCGCCCGGUCGAGGCGUGUUGAGGGACAUGGACCCGUGGCUGAGUUUGACGCUGAGCUCUCCAUCCGAAAAUACCGCUGGAAGCUAAUCCACCGCCUCGUCGUUCUUUUGGUGGUGAUCGUAAUCGGGGUUGUCGCGUUCAUGCUCGGGGAGGGGACGUCGUUUCCGACCAGCUUCUACUGGGUGAUCGUAACCUCUAGCACCAUCGGCUACGGAGACGUGGUGCCGACCUCCCCGGCCAUGAAGUGGUUCACCUCGUUCUAUAGCAUUGCUGCCACUGGCGCCAUGCUGGAGGCGCUGCGAUUUGCGGGCACUUUCCCCUUCACAGUCUGGACAUUGAGGGCGGAGGCAAAGGUGUUCGGCCAGUUCUCCAGGAGAAACACCGCCGCGGGAGGGGCGGCGGCGGCGAGUCUGGCAGAUUCUGCCGUCACCGAACUCCUGGGGAUACCACCGGAGGAGCGGCCUGGCGGGGUUUUAGGCAGGUCUGACGUGGCACUCUCCAUGUUGCUGUUGCUGAACCGAGUGAGCUACGACGACGUUCAGCAGGUUUCCAGAAUAUAUGACAACUUGAAGGCGGAUCGUGACGAUGCUGCAUUGGCGAGGCCACCGCUCCAAGUGCAGGCGGGGGUGGGGUCACAGAGAUCCUGAAUAAAGCUGUUGUAUCGACGGCAGCAUGUUGUACGUGCAUGCACUACGUUAGCGUUCACGGUCGAGGCGGUGUUGCACGUCGCUCAUGCGAAGGCGCGCACGCGUCCUGGGCGGUAUCUUCGUAAGCAAGCAGGGCCCAACAGCAAAGGGGGAGAUCUUCCCCACUCGUUUCGGUGCUGACGCUUGAUAAACCGUACCAGUUCAUUGUGCCCAAGAAAUGGGGGUGGAGAUGCGCUUUGGAAUUGUCUGUGAAUUUCGUGGUUGUACCAGGUUCAUCAAGGAAGCUGAUUUGUCAAUUGGUUCGAAGCUGCACGAGGAAAGCAUAUGUAGUGUUCGCCCAAGCUCACACACAGCUGCUGCAGGCAUUCCUCCUUGGGUGGAGUGAACGGUUUUCCAGAUGAAAUGGACACCAUUAGGACUAUCUUGCCCAUACCGAGGUGGUACGUUUGUGUAGGCACGCGUUGGGAUUUCAUCGAAAAAGCUAGCAGGCCAUGGAAAGUACAGGGACAGUGUACUCUAGUUACCAUGUUCCCUGCAGGUUCCCUCAACAGAGUUCUUUGUGCAUGCGUAGAGACAGCAGUGGACGAGAGUAACAUUUGCGCCCUUGGACAUCAUGUCGGGAUCUACUUGUCGUUUCGCUUUCCCCCUCGAAUUGCCGCGCGGCGAAGGGGUAUCAUGGCCACUUUUUUCCUGACCAACGUCAGACGAACAGGGUUAGGUUCACCAAUGUGCAUACUUGCGCAAGCGUUGUGCACGGUAUGAUAGAGAGGAGGGGGGAGGUAUGCCGUGGUACGUGGCGCGCCAAGGGGCGCGGGAGCAGGUGUACUCACAGCCGUGCAUGUCGUAAUCGCCCGACCAUUGACCUCGCAUCCUGCAAUGCCGGGACGGAGCACGUCGGGUUUUCACCGGACCAAGGGGGCGGCGGCGGGGGAGCUUUUGAACUGGAGGCGGGUGCUUGAUAGUUACUAUGUUGAUGAGCUUGUAUACUAUUUAUUUUAUCUGGAGAAGACUUCUCUUCCAUCAUCGACCGCACGACUCGACUGCUCACAGAAUAUGCGUCUGUCUGCCUUUCGUAUUUGACGUCUGUAGGUAUGCCCGCUGGGCGCCAGAUUUAGCCUCAAUCCAUGUGGCAAUUACAGAGGUUAGGGGGAUGUGGAUGUUGUAAUUCUGUAGAUGAUUUCGACUGGACGGGCUGUUGGAUUGAUCCCCCGUUAGCUACGAUUGUUAGUAAUUCGCAGCCCCCCUCGACGAAGUCCCGUUUCGGAUGAGGCAGGGGCAGCGCUUCUCUUUCAUGUCAAUGUCGCACAACCGAUACCGCACAGGGCAUGGAAGCGCCACAAUGUUGAACCUCGUACCUCAACCCUAAAUAAGAGAAUGGGCCACAGGUGUUCCAAGCCAAAGGAGUAGGACCGGUGCUGCUGUUCUCUUCCGAAGGGAAAAUAUGAUCAUUGAUGUUGAUCUAGCUGCGAAGGUGCCGGAACUGAGCGAGCACAAUCUUCCCCCCGCCGUGCGCCGGCAAACCACUGGCGGCCGUGAGAACCAUACAGAAUCAUUUUUUCCUGGGCGUGACGUAUGUGAUCGGGAGUUCUUUCUGAAGAAGACCGUUACUUUUUUGCUAGCUCGUUGGCAAAAGGACAAGGGUUUCAAUUGAGGCGGGGGCUACCCCCGGGCUGGUGGUAGUGUGUACACUGCGAGAACCUACAGAGAUAUUUGUGUUUCGCUGCCGGCCCUUGCUCCGUACUUCGCACACACCGCAACCGCAAUAGAUACAAUACACACACCGUACGACCAUCUUUCGCCCCCCACGUCAUUCACUUGCUGCCUCCGACCUCCUCCUUUCUGCUCUUCUUUCCAUGAUAAAACUGCCAAAACCAGUCUACACAGCACAAACUAACUUGGGGGAGAUCGGGCCCCAGACAUACCACACACAAUACUACCAAUUAGUAAUGCAACAAGUACGAUGAUACACCAGGAAGUCCGUGCGCACGCAUUGAAGGAAUUCGGAAACUACAUGAACGAAACAGGGCAGAUCAAAACGUGCACCAUCGCGGCACCCACACGCACGCGCCCCUGUUUACACGACAAUAUUACCUCCCUCUACCCCCCCCCGGUGUUUGCC